AGCCCCUCGGCCUACUAUUGAAGAGUUUCUGCAUUGUUGCCAUUCCCGCUGGGGGGUUGUUGAUAGCGGCACUGGAAGGAGUCAACAUUAGCUGUCCGUGGAUCACUUAAUCACUUGUCAAGAUGGCAGGGGGAAUUCUCAGCAAUUUGGACAGCCUGUGUAAUGUGGACUGUGCCAACCUGCACCCCUUGGUGUGCCACCUGUGCCACGAGCAGUACCAGUCCCCGUGUCUGCUGGACUGCUACCACAUCUUCUGUGCCCGCUGCUUACUGGGUCGGACCUAUGACAGCCGCCUCAGCUGCCCCCUCUGCGGAUACCCAUCCAUCAUAAAAGGAAACAAUGGCUUGCCGCCAGAGGACCGUCUGCUCAAGUUUCUGGUGGACAACAACGCAGACACAGACGAGCCGGUGCAGUGUGCCAACUGUGACCAGGAGAGCAACACAAAGGACACAGGUGUGAUGUUCUACUGUAACACCUGUAGCCAGCCUCUGUGCUGCGCCUGCAGGGAGCUCACACACAAGGCCCGAAUGUUCUCCCACCACGACAUCGUCUCGCUGGCCAAACGCACUAAAGCCAAACACAGGAAGUGCGCUCUUCACGAGGAGCCCUACAUUCUCUUCUCCACCGAGAACAAGUCCAUGCUUUGCAUCAAGUGCUUCCGAGACAUGCAAGUGGAGAGUCGCACUCACUGCAUCGACAUCGAGACGGCCUACAUGCAAGGAUGUGAGAUGUUGGACCAAGCUGUGCUGGUGGUGAAGGAGCUGCAAACGUCCACUCGGGAGGCCAUCUUUCUUCUCAGGUCCAUGAUAGGAGAAGUGUGUUUGAACGUGGAGGAGGAGGAGAGUGCCAUUUGCUCUCUGUUCAACAGUCUGCAGGAAAAACUGGCUGAGAGGAAGAGGAUUCUGUUGAAAGCUGCACAGAGCCAACACGAGGAGAAGGAGAAAGCACUGAAGGAGCAGCUCUCACACCUCACAUCCCUCCUGCCAACACUCCAGGUUCACCUGGUCACCUGCUCUGCCUUCCUCAGCUCUGCCAACAUGUUUGAGUUUUUGGACAUGGGCUACCAACUGAUGGAGCGACUGAAGAGGAUUGUCAAGCUUCCUCAUCGCUUUCGACCGGUGCAAAGCAGCAAAAUCAACACGGACUACCGCAGCGAGUUUGCCCGGUGCCUGGAGUCUUUGCUGCUGAUUGGCCCACGCUGCGCCCCUUCCGUCACCUCCAGCGUCGCCACAAGGCUGCAGUCGCCUCUCUCCAUGUCUUGCCGCUCCCUGUCUCUCAGUGAGGUGCCGCUGGGCUCGGUGUUCGGGCGGAGACCGACGUCUCACCGCAACAUCUGCACCAAGGUCCUGCUGGCUGAGGGCCGGGAGACGCCCUUCACCAAGCACUGUAACAACUACGAGAACAGCUACAGGACUCUGCAGACAGAAAUACAGACCUUGAAGGACCAGGUCCAGGAGCUGCACAGAGAUCUGACCAAGCACCACUCCAUUAUCAACACAGACCAAAUGGGCGAGAUCCUGGACCGAUCGCUGCACAUCGACAGCCGGAUAGCUUCCCAGUACUCCACAGUGGAGACCAUGAGGGCCAUGUUUGAAGAGAUCUGGGAGGAGACUUUUCAGAGGGUCACCAAUGAGCAGGAGAUCUAUGAAGCACAGCUUCACGAUCUGAUGCAGCUGAAGCAGGAGAACUCGUACCUGACCACCAUUGCCAGGCAGAUCAGCCCUUACAUCCUGUCCAUCGCUAAGGUCAAGGAGAGACUGGAGCCCAGGCUGCAGGAGCCCAAAGAGCACUGUGACGACCGCACAGAAACAAUGUUGAAGAUUUACGAAGACAGCACAAUGGCAACAGAAAGACAAGACAGCGGCAAGCAGACAUGUGUGACCGACCAAGACAGAGACAAGAACACCCACCCUCUCAUGCUUUAGCCCCGCCCACAUCGCAAAAAAACCCAAACUGUGGUCUGAUUUCCCCGCCCCAUGUCGGCGUGUGACCCGGUCAUGUAGGCAGAACCUCUAGGUGACCGAGCAGUGGGGGGGGGGGGGGGAGAGCUAAGUGGACGUGUCACGACCUCACGUGGACCCGCCUCAUCGUCCCCGUGAAGAGGCGUCGCUCUUCCAGGCCCACAAGGUAACAACAUGGAGGCCAUGGCCUCUUUCACACUGCAACAUAGCAGAAGUCAAAGACAGUAUUUCCAAAGUACUAUAGUUUGGAUCAGGUUCCAAAGUAGGCACUGGGUCUUACAGCGUGGGAAUAGCAUCUUUACGUUGGGCUGAAUGCAAGACCGCGUCCUAAAGUUGUGUUUUUUUUCUUUGACAAGUUCCAAAUAUGUUGCAAACGAGCGCCAUCAACAAAUACCGCAAUCGCUGUCAUGAUCACUUUCGUAAAAAAAAAAAAAAAGAUUUAAUGGAGAUUUGUUUCCUUUUAGCGUAGAAGCAAAGCCAAGGGUUAGUAAGCUAAUGAGAGAUGCGGUGAGACCAUCAAACAUGACUUUUAACGCCAUCACACUGCAAAAAGUGAAAUCUAAGUAAGAUAAAAUAUGUCAAAUAAGGGUGAUAUUUGCUUAUUUUCUGUCUGAUAAGAUAAUUCUCCUCACUAAGCAGAUUUUAUGUUGGAGUGUUUUACUUGUUUUAAGUGUUUUGGUCCUAAAUGAUCUCAGUAAGAUAUUACAGCUUGUUGCUGAGAUUUGAUGACCUAUAUUGAGUAAAACAUGCUUGAAACUAGAAUAUCAAGUGUUGCAAAGCUGUGUUAUCAACACUCACAAGUAUAAAACUACUUUUACAAAAGUAAUAAUUUCUUAUUUCAAGCAUGAACAAAAAAAUCAUGACUUUGACACAAUUGUGUCUCUUAAUUAAAACAGAUGACAGCCAAAUGCUGUUUUAUUUUCAAUGAAACAAUAGAAAAUACGUACUCAUACCUGCCAACUUUUGAAAUCAGAAAAACCUAGUAGCCAGGGUCCAGGGGCCGCAGACCCCGGUAGGUCCAGGACAAAGUCCUGGUGGGGGGUUCAGGUUCGCCCCCCGACGCAAAAUGAUUGAUUGCAUUCAGACAGGUUAAAAUGUUGCUAAAACCAUCACUUUUCUAUCAGUCACAGUGACUUUUCAAAACAAAAAUAUUACAGCAAAAAUCAUAUGGGUUGAUUGACAUGUUUAUUCUGUAAGCUAACUUCAAUAGUUUGAAAUUAUUUUGACAGUUAAUGCCAGUUAUCCUGUCAACCUUUCACAAGACUUCAAUUUGUUAAUUGAAAGUAUAAACAGUAUAAACACUUUUUACAGUAAACAAAUGGUAAAACAGUACUAAACAAUUCCAAUUAAAAAAGAAUUGGUGUCAUUAUUAACUUUCUGUCCAAGCUUGUAUAAUCUACUGCCUUGUUCAAUUGUAAAAAAUAUUCUGUGCCUAAAAUUCACAUUUCUAUCACAAUUAUCAUACUGUAAACAUGGUAAGCUAACUUCAUUAAAAUUAAUAGUCCUGUCAAUAGCAUGGAAUUACAAUUCAAAUGUAGUUUUUUUGUAAGCCUUUCAAAAGAAUUCAAAAUAUGAAAAAUUCAGGAAAAUUAAUUUAAGCCAUCAGACACUUGAAAAGUGGCACAUCACAUCUCUAAUGUAAUCAUUUGAACUUUUCAACAGAAAUAGCACUGCAAAAAUAUUAAGGACAUACUUCUGUAUUUUGGUAGUUAUGCUGUCAACAUUUAACAAGAUUUCUUCAACUUGGACUUGAAAGCAUAAAUAGUAUAAACACUUUUAACAGUACUAAACAAUUCCAAUAGAUAACAUUGGUGUCAUUACCUUUUUGUUUGCUCAAUUAUUGCCUCCGUAAAUAAAACUUCGGCAUUUAUCACAUCCAAAGAAUCUGUUUGGGCGACGAAAAACGUUGAAAGUUUUCCACUUGUAUCGCUAGCAACGGCAUUAGACUUGUGUUUUUUUGUCCCAUUGUGGUCUUUUACAUCGCUAAUUCCUCCGUGUCCGAUCGAAAAAUCUUGUCUGCACGAGGUGCAAUUCGCGUAGUUUUUGGAACGGAUAAUUAUUCCCGGAUAGGCUUUUGAAUAUUCUUCACGGAAUGACUGCAGUUUUCUUUUCGGUUUAAGACUCGCAUGCGAUUUUUCUCCGGCUGAUUCCAUGAUCGUUCGCUCGUUUGGAAACAAUGGCAACUGGUGCCUCGUGCUUGGCAGCAGUGCUAUAAAUAGCCUCGCGCAUGUGUAACAGGUACGUUAGCUAUUAUAGUAGACGUUCUCAAUAUUUGGGCUAAUCAGAAGUCUAGAUUACGACUCGGAGAGAGUAGGACAGACACAAUUAAAUGCUUUAAAUUAUACUGGUGUUAUUUAAAUAUGUACAGUGCAACAAAUAGUGUACAUACAUUGAUAGGAAUGGCCAUUCAAAAUCUCGGAAUGCUGGAUUUUAUAGAGCGUGAUUGGCUGCAGCGGGUCACGUGAGCGCGUGUGUUAAACUCGCGAGAUUAAACGUGGAAACGGCGCAGGUAAUAUGAGGAGAUGUCAUGAGAGGAAAUAUGGCUUAUUUCCCACCCGUGUUACACAUGGCAUUCGGAAUGGCUCGAUAGGAAGUUACGGGAAGCAGUGUCGAUUGUCAUUGUUGUUACGCGAUUUCGUGAAUAAAACUUAAAAACUAUUUUUUUUUUUUAAUUAAUGAAAAACCGUAUUUUUUUAUCACUGCAACUGUAACCCGGAAUAGGUUGAUGAAAACCGUACUAAUUACGGGAAAACCGGAGUAGUUGGCAGGUAUGUAUAUAUAUAUAUAUAUAUACAUACCUACCGGUAAUUGACUGAAAGAGCACGCACUUGGCGCGAUGAUGUCAUGUUAUUGAUGGAAAAAUGCAUUUUUAGACAAUAUGAUUUGCCUGAGCGGCUAGGAGACCCCGAGAGUAACAAGCGCUUGCCUUGUUGCCUUUCCAUUAAGAACAAUAAACUAGUUUUUAGUAUAAGUUUGCUGGUUUCAAGAAAUGUAAUGCCGGGCGCAUAUCAUUAUGUCAAGAUAAUGGCACUAGCAUUUACUUCAUUUAAAUUAUGCAAUCGAGGAAUAACCUGUGAUUAAUCAUGAUUGAUCCAAAUUCAAAAGUGUAAUAAAUCUUCUUUUUUUUUUUAAAUCAUUAAGUUUAGAAUUAAGUCUGACAAUAAAAUUUAAUUUAUGUCCAAACAUUGUGAUCUUUUCUAAAGUUAAUUUGAAUCAAGCAAGUGAGUAAAAACCUGUGAUGAAUUGUGACUAUUUCCAAUUUAAAAUGUGCGAUUAAUCUGAUAAAAAAAUAUAUUAGCCAUUCUGACAAUAAAAUUGCAUUUGUGUCUAAAUAUUGGGCUCUUUUUUUAAAUCUGUAAAUUAUGCAAGCGAGUAGUAACCUGUGAUUAAUCAUGAUUAAUCCAAUUUAAAACGUGAAUAAUCUGAUCAGAAAGACUAAUCGUUUGACAGCACGAACUGAAACAUGACAAUAAAAUUGUAUUUGUGUCCAAAUAUUCAGAUCUUUUUCAAGUUACUUUAAACUAUGCAAGUGAGUACUAAUCUGUGAUUAAUCAUGAUUAAUCCAAAUUUAAAAGUGUGAUUAAUCAGAUUUUUUAAAUGUUUUAAAUCAUUUGUCACAACUAAAUUGAACAAUUUUUCCCCUGGAUGACUUUCCGUCAAUAUAAUUGCAUUUGUGUCCAAAUGUUAGGAUCUUUUUUAAGUUAAUUUAAAUUAUGCAAGUGAGCAAUAAUCUGUGAUUAAUCAAGAUUGAAAGUGCGAUAAUUCAGAUUUUUUUUUAAAUAUUUUUUUCCCUGAUUGACCAAAAAUUGGACCUUUGUGUUUAAGUAUGUUUAAAUUAUGCAAUCCACAAAUAACCUGUGAUUAAUCAUGAUUUAUACAAUUUUAAACGUAAAUAAUCUGAUAAGAAAGAAUAACCGUUUGACAGCACAAAUUAAAACAUGACAGAAAUGUUCCUGGGUUAGAUUUUGACAAUAAAAUAGAAUUUUGGUCCAAAUAUUGGGAUCUUUUUCAAAUUAAUUUAAACUAGGCAAGUGAGUACUAAUCUGUGAUUAAUCAUGAUUAAUCCGAAUUCAAAGGUGUCAUUAAUCAAAUUGUUUUUUUUGUUUUAAAUCAUUUGUCACAACUAAAUUGAAUUUUUUCCCCCUGGAUGACUUUUUGUCAAUAACAUUUUGUGUUCAAAUAUUAGGAUCUUUUUUAAGUUAAUUUAAAUUAUGCAAGUGAGUAAUCUGUGAUUAAUCAUGAUUAAAAGUGUGAUAAUUCAGAUUUUUUUUUUUAAAUAAUUUUUUCCCUGAUUGACAAAAAAAUUGGACCUUUGUGUUUAAUUAUGUUUAAAUUAUGCAAUCGAGGAAUAACCUGUGAUUAAUCACAAUGAAUCCAAAUUCAAAAGUGGAAUUAAUCAGAUUUUUUCUUCUUCUUUCAAAUCAUUAAGUUUAGAAUUAAAAAAAAAUGCCUGGAUGACAUUCUGACAAUAAAAUUGAAUUUAUGUUCGAACAUUGUGGUCUUUUCUAAAGUUAAUUUGAAUCAAGCUAGCGAGUAAAAACCUGUGAUCGAUCGCAAUUAUUUCCAAUUUAAAAUGAGUGAUUAAUCUGAUUAAAAACUGUUGGCAAAAGUAUUAAAAACGUACAUCCAUGCAUGGUGUAGGAAACAGAAUUAGAUGUGUGUGGGCGUGGCUCGGUCAACCUCAUAAUUCGUCACGUUUCAUGUGUCAGGUAAAUUGCGACGAAUAUGAGGAAUCCCCUUUCUACUGUACUUUUUAUGACCACAACAUUUACGAUAUCGUGUAGAGUCUGAGUGAUGGAAGGAGAAUGGUAUUUACAUUCCAUGGAUGGCAGCUAAAGUUGGGAAGUACGGCGUCCUUGUUUGGCCUCGGGCUAGCGUGGUUCUGCACGGAGAAGGUCCGAGGUGCACAUUCAUUAAAAAUACAUUUGUGACAGCCCGAUAACAAAUGACUGUGCUCUCUGCUCCCGCGCCUCCCCGAGGUCGUUCAUCAUCCCGGGCCAACAAUCCGCUGGUUCGCUCGCCAUUAUUCUCUCACCUGAAGUCCAACUGGGAAGGUUGUUCCACGCCGGGAAGUUAUUUCUGUCGGGUUUUUCCCCCCUUUUGUUUUCAUGCGAGAAAAGCAGGCCAGACUCUCAGCAAGCAAGCAGCCGCACUGCAAGUUAUCAUGUAAUUGAGCAUUAAAGAUGGAGGAGAGAUAAAAUGAAAGUUUAAUGAUCAUCACGGGGGGAAUUUGGGUCACAUUUUAAAAAAUACAAUUAGUGCAAAUAGAGCGUACCGGUAGUUAGAGGUUGUAUAAUGAGGAUGAAAGGACCUGCUCGGGUAUGGGAAGACUUUGUCUCGCCAGUUUGGUGCGAGCCCACCACCAGAACCCAUUUUGACUUUGAAAAGGUCAAAGGUGUCUAUAAAAGUCUUCUUAAUGAAAAAAAUGAGGGAAACUGACAAAAAGAAGGAGGCUGCCAUGCAAACCCCGAAAGGAAAUGUAGAAAAUCAAGACUACAUUUCCUGCAAUUAGCUGUAUUU